AUGGCCAACAGCAGCAAACUUAACGAUUCCCAGGCAGCCCCGGGAAGCGUGUGUGUCCCGUACUAUACGGUACCAGACAUUUUAGGAACGCGGCCCGUAGAGUCUCACAUGUAUCUGUGCGGAUAUCGCAUGUAUGACUGUCUGCCCGCAAAAUGGGAGGGACGCUGUGCGGCCGCCCUUCCUGCCGACCAUUCAUACAUCAUCUCCACACUCCCUAAGGCCCAACACCGAGACAAGAGAGAACUCUACACACCACACGACCCCCUGUGGGGCACUAAUGACCGGCUGGUCCUGGACCACCUGACCGCGUCUGUGGGAGGCGUAUGCACGAUCAUUGGGUCGUCCUGCUGUACAUAUAUUCCGGCCAACGAUGAGGACGGAGGUCUUAUCCAACAGGGCAUAGCCAAUCUGACUAGACUCCGGGACGCCAUGCAAGCGGACAAUGUCACGGACACUCCUCACGGUCUGGACUGGCUCCUAGACCCUGAGGCGGACCUGGCCGCGGUCCCACUGAACUCCGAUCCUGAUUAUACCAGCGAUUCGGACGACGACUUUGUCUAA